AAAACCAGCAUCCCCUGUUUCAAGACAAGCUACAUUUAAUUGUUCUCUGCUCAACCUGAAUUUGAGCCGCUUGAUCAUUGGCUGAUUGCAACUGCUUGGUUCGGCGGUACCUAUCGAAGAUCCAUUCUAGCUAGGCGAUCGAUCGAUGGCCAUGGAGCCUCCCCAGCUGUUCCUGUGUCCAAUCUCCAUGGAGCUAAUGGAGGACCCCGUGACGGUGUCCACCGGCGUCACCUACGACCGCCGCAGCAUCGAGCGGUGGUUCUUCAAGUACGGCAAGACGACAUGCCCGGCCACCAUGCAGCACCUGGCUUCCUUCGACCUCACCCCCAACCACACCCUCAGCCGCCUCAUCUCCUCCUGGCACGACCGCGCCUCUUCCUCUUCUUCUUCUUCCUCGUCUCCGCCAAUGGCGCGGGAGAAGCUCCCGUCGUUGCUCGCAAGCAUCGAAUCGACGCCGUUCAAGGUGACCGCGCUGAAGAGCCUGAGGUCGUGCAUGGCGGGCGACGAGGCCGAGACCGAGGCGGCGCGGGCCGACUUCCUGGCCCGCGACGGCAUCCAGGUGCUGGGCCGCGUCAUGGCCCAGGCGCUGGCGGAGAGCAGCGGCGCGGACUUCUCGGCGUUCCGGACGUGCGAGGAAGCCGCUGCCGUUCUCGCCGCGCUCCCGCUGGCCGACGACGCGUCCGUGGACAUGAUGCUGGACCCAGCGCUCAUGAGGCCCGUGGCCGCGCUCGUGCAGCGUGGGAGCGCCGAGGCGCGAAUGCACGCAAUGGCCAUCCUCUCCAAGGUCUCCAGAACGGCCUCCUCCAAGGACUGGACUGCCGACGUCGACGUCGACGACAUGGUCAAGUCGCUCCUCGACCUUCUCUCCGACGACGGCGGCGCGUCCUCGAAGCUCAGCUCGCGCGCGCUCGACGUGCUCCUCGACGUCACGUCCCGCUCCCGCUCCCGCUCGCGCUCGCGCUCCCGGAACGGGAACGGCAACGGCAACAACAAGGCGUUCGCGGAGGUGACGCUGGCGGUGCGGGUGCUCGUGGAGCUGCUGCCGGAGGCCGACAGGCACGUGGCGGAGCGCGCGCUGCUGCUGCUGAAGCGGCUGUGCAAGUGCCCCGAGGGCCGGGCGGCGUUCGCGGAGCACGCGCUGGGCGUGCCGGCCGUGGCGCGCACCGUGAUGCGGGUGUCCGGGAUGGCCACCAGGACGGCCGUGAACGUGCUGUGGCUGGCGUCGUGCGCGAGCCGGCCCGAGGAGAAGGUGCUGGACGACAUGGUGGCCAGCGGCGCCGUGGCCAAGCUGCUGGCGCUGCUGCAGGUGGAGAGCUCGCCGUCGACAAAGGAGAAGGCGGCCAGGAUGCUCCGGGUGCACGGCGCGUUCUGGAGGCGGUACCCUUGCUUCCCCGCCGAUCUCAGGGACUACCUCAAGUUUCUCAACUGAGUGAACCGCGCCUACCCUGCGUUGAGCAUGUGCAUGUUUCUUGUGUGUACACUGUACAGAUUAAAACGUUAACAUGGAUGGAGGUUUUUGAUUCGUCCAUGAUUCGAUUGCUCAUCGGUUCGAGACUUGCAGCACAUCCAUGAUUUCUAUGCGGUUGUAUGGAUCAAAAGGGAUAAAUGGCUUCCAUUCCCGGAAGUUUUACUCGGAA